ACGUCUGACCCCAAACAACAACAGUCUGUAUUCUCGCCGGUGGAGGUGCGCUGCUAAGAGCAUAAAAAAAAACACCUCAAACGAAAGCCAACGUGUCUGAUAGUACUUAUAAAAACAAAAAUGUUCUGCUCAUAAUUUGUAGAAAAGACAUGAAAGCAUAAAGAUUUUUAUUUUUAUAUUAUUUUUUAGAAAGAGAGACGAUCUCUCCCGACACUGGGCAAGGUGUUCGCCCCGUAGGUGGGGACGGGACCCUUGUUUCCGAAAAAUGGCAGUGUCCCUCACCCGAGCUUGCAGGAACAUAGCUCUCUCCACCUGCUUCCUGUCUUUUUGUUUCGGAAAUGUGCUGUGCCUUGAGUUCACAGUCGCAGAGAAGGAAGAAUGGUACACGGCAUUCAUCAACAUAACAUAUCAAGACCCUGUCACCUCCGAACUCAAAACCGAUAAAUCCGAGUGUGGUCGCUAUGGCGAACACUCCCCAAAGAAGGAAGCUCGCGGACUUGUUUUAUUACCUACCUUCUUUCGGGACAGACAAGGAUGUCACAUUAAUGUAAAAUUCCCCAUCGCCUCCCAGAACAUCGCCUGGGUGGCGUUGAUCGCUGCGGGGAAUUGUACGUUUCGGGAGAAAAUCAGCAAUGCUGCAAGUCGCAAUGCAUCCGCAGUUGUCAUUUACAAUGUGGGCUCCAACAACCCAAACGACACGAUAACCAUGCCGCACCAAGGCACCGGAGACAUAAUCGCUGUGAUGAUCCCGGAGCCAAAGGGGCAGGACAUUGUGGCGUUGUUGGAGCAGAGGGUCAUGGUCAUGAUGGACAUCACGGUGGGGACGCGGAACCUGCAGAAGUACGUGAGCAGAACCUCGGUGGUGUUUGUCUCCAUCUCCUUUAUCGUCCUCAUGACCAUCUCCCUGGCCUGGCUCGUCUUCUACUACAUCCAGAGGUUCCGCUACGUCAACGCGCGCGACCGCAACCAGAGGCGCCUGGGAGAUGCAGCCAAAAAGGCCAUCAGCAGGUUAGAAGUGCGAACCAUCAAGAAAGGGGACACGGAAAUAGAUUCAGAGUUUGACAGCUGCGCAGUUUGCAUUGAAAGUUACAAGCCCAACGACGUUGUAAGGAUCUUACCGUGCAGGCAUCUGUUCCAUAAACACUGCAUUGACCCGUGGCUGCAGGACCAGAGAACUUGCCCCAUGUGCAAAACCAACAUCCUCAAGGCACUGGGCAUUAUGCCCAGUGAAGAUGGCUCGGACGAGAUACCCCCAGAGUACGAGGCUUCCAUCGGGCCCACCAACGCAAUCACCGGGGCGAGCGAGAUGACGGUGAACGAGAGCUCGGUGGUGCUGGACCCAGUAGCAGGGUCCAUCAGCCUGCAGCAGCUCUCUGACCAGGAUGACUGGGUACCUCCUGCACCGGAGCACGGACCAGACUGUACUGGUGACUCCCCCCCACUGAGCAGCGGCCCGGACACCCCCAGAAUGGGGGCCCGCGCGGGGGACGAGGAGCAGCCUGCAGAGCCCCAACCGCUGGGGCAGAACUCUUUGGUGGAUUGCCACUCUGUGUCACCGGAUUAAUGGGAUCCCAUUGAUAGUUUGGACGUUGGUGACCGAGGAGAACAGACGACCCGCGUGUUACUUUCUGUUCUUCUUCUUUGUUGUGGACGAACACACCGCUGCUGGCCCUUGUGAUGACUGAUGUCACAGUCAACGGAUGUGGAGAAGAGAGGGAGGACUGUCCCUCUGUUAUUGUAUUGUGUCUGUUGAUGGGCCAACCACCUCCCCCCUCCUGCCUACUGUUGAUGGGACGGGCCUUAAGAGUUUUAAGGGACAUCAGAUGUGUGGGGGAGGGCUUCCUUAUUCCAAUACGUUUCAGUUGUCCCUUUUUGUUGUUUACGUUGUGGUUUUUUUUCUGCAUUAUAUGUGCCUUAUGUGAAUCGUUUUUUACUGCAAUCACAUUUCAGAAUGGAUUCUCUAUAUGACAUGCAUUCAUAGGGUACAUCACAACAGCGUUGAACAUGUGUCAAAGUGUCUGGUAUGUUCUCCUACCAGUGAAAUCCUUUUAAAAUGCCCUUAGGGAUAAGUUUAAAUAACCAGCAUGUUUGUAGAGUUUGUUCAAAUUUUGGUUUACCUCAAACAAAAUGAUAGGUCCAAUAUUUUUCGCUGUUUACGCCGUUAUGUCAGGUGUAUGUACACGUAUAAACGUAGUUCGAUAGCCAACUAAAUGUUAAACUAAGAGCGGAAGUUGGUGUUUAUAUUUGCCUAGCAAAUUACUAUAGGAACACGCUUCUCACUCAACUUUUAUUUUUAUAAUGUAUGCACAUUUUAUGAUAAAUAGGACUGUAUAUAGCACAUUUGUACCUCCUGUCAUUGGGUCUUAUGUUUUUAUCAGUCGAACUGCACCUAUUGAAUUUUUUUAUCCAUUUGUCCUUUAAUUUCUGAAACCCUAUGAAGUGUGGUGUGAAUGACGGAUAAGUCAAGCUGUCCUCACCGGUUGACAAUCAUGACUAGUCCCUCUACUAGUGCAUUUGUAAAAAGGAGGUCCCUAACUGCCCGUUGUCUUACUGUGGCUGGUUUACCAAGAAAAGCCACACAUCGAAUGGCUAUGGGCUGUUUGGGUGCUCACUGUAGCAUAUUGAAACGGUAUAUGUGCCAAACAUGUGGGUUAUUAUUAACAUGACUGUUAACAAUCUCAUAGAGAGAUAACCACUAGGAUGUCUACAUUACAGUUGUCUUGUCUGUGUGUCUGAAUUCAACAUAAUAUGUUCAAUCUAUGGCAUAAAAAUUGUGUAUAUUUUGUUAUGCAAAGUUUAUUUUUGUAAGAAAGUUACUACUGUUUACAAAAGCCCACCUUUUUUUUUUUGCAUUUACUGGGUGAAUUUUGGACGAUUUCUACAUCAGAUGAGUUUCAGGCUAAAAAGACAUUCGGAUUUAUCAUUACCUUAAUUAUAAUACUCAUCAACCCAUUAAUGUAAGAUAAGGAAAAUCCUAUAUCUAAACACAUUUGAUAUUAAGUUACUUAUGAAACCCCCUGGGAGAUAUUACCAGAAGACUUGCUGUCUUUUAAAAAGGCAUUGGUUAUUGGUGGACUACGUGCUCCAUUAUGUCAGGAUACUCAUUUAUCGGACACUUCCAUCCUAAACGAAAAUCAUCCAAGUCUCCAAAAGCAGAUUUUCCUUAGGAGCAGGUAGAAUUUUGGAAUCCUGCUCACGGGCGCCCAUCCAACCCAACACACAUCGGGGAUUCGACCCAGCCACUACAUUUUAAUUCCAGAUACAGUUGUCUGUGUACAGGUCUAAUUUCUACAAGAUUAACAAUUUGGUCAGAUUGCUUGUUGAAUUAAGAUUAAAAAGAACACUUUCAUUUUCUCAAAUCACAGCAUUCAGGAGACUAGGACGACUAAUACUACGACAAGUUUUUGAAGGAAUUGUGUUUGUAAGAGGAAAAAUUCACUGCUGCAUGGCAUCAAUAUAAUCAUCUGGAAAACAUCUUGUUGCCUUUAUCUUGAGCUCUAUUGUCAACAAAUGAUGUGGAUUAUCAUUUCUGACCUGUCAAUGGCAAAUGUUUGUUUAGUUGCAAUGAUAAAUCAUGAGCAGCUGGUCUUGUAUCAUAGGUUUAAUAUUUGUAUGCUCUGUUACGAUGGAUUUACGUUAAGUAGGGUGAAUGUCUCUUGGUUUUCCUACAUUAUAGUUCACAUCCUGUAAUUAGGAAAAGGAAAUUGUUGAUUUAAACCAACCACCAACAAACUAUAUUUUAGAAUACGUUUCAUCUGUGUUUUCCUUUGUCCUGUCUAUGUUAGGGUUUUUUAGUUGGUAUAAUAUAUUUUUAUAUACACCUUUCCCAAAUGCACUUUAUUAUUCCAAAAGAUGAGAAAGGGAGUAUGCUUUUGACUCCUGUAAGUCUUACUUGUGCAGUUUUAUGAGGGCUAUUGUAUCAGGAAUGGCGCUGGACCAAACUGUUGUGUUGCUUUGUGUGCCCUACAACAUGAAUUGCUAUUUUGUGAUAUGCUUAACUAUGUUGCAUGAGUUUGUAUACAUAACCGUUAAGGAGCCUACAAGAAAAGUAAACAUUCCUCAGAAUUCAACCCAUUUUUUUGUUUUUUUCCCUACAUGAAAAUCCCCCCAACAACUAGGUAAGUAUCUGUUUCUGACAUUCUGGUUUGGUAAACAGUGAUUCUAAGACUGAUUCUUUAUUGCCUUAUGGUCGAUUAAUGACAUCUAGUGGUAAAAAGAUGUUUAGCCCUACAACAUUACUAGGGCGUGUAGUUUCCAUCCACUUUCUGUGUGGAACUGCAACAGACUUCUUUGCUAACAACAGUUACUAUCGCAACAAUUUGUAAGUCGCUUUGGACAAAAACCUCAGCUGAUGUAAUGUAACAAGCAAACAUUAAGUUUGAAACAUUAUGCAAGGAUAUUUUUUUUAUUGACAUAUAAAAGAACAGUCAUAUAUUGUUUCCCAUUUUAAAUAGAUGCCAGCUGAAAUUAAUUUAGAAUAUACUGUCAUAAAAAAGAUUGUACAGAAUUAAAUUCACAGAAUAUCAUACAAGUGAAUGAUUUCAAAUAUUAACUUCCGUUGAAGAUAUAUAAAGGCCCGAGGUCCAUCCAGAAUCAUUGAGGUAGAGCCACCAACAUAGAUUGAUCAAAAAAAAAGUCAUAAAAGUCAGACGUGUUAUUCUUUAACGCUCAACGUCUGCCUCUGUGCCAUUGUAUAUAAAUCAACAGUGCAAAUUGAUUCCUCUGGGCAUCCAAUCAGAGAUGAGCACAGCUCCGGACAACUAGCCGCCUCUGAGGAACAACCUCUGGUAGUGGGCCGAGGAGACAGUGGCGUUCAGGAUGGGGGUCUUGGUGAACUCCACCACGCAGGGUCCCGUGGUACAGGGGGACGCCUCCAGCUCCAGGACCGUAACGUUGUUUGGGUCCGCCGUGCUGAGGACGCUGGCCGGCACAAAGAGGGUCACCUGGGGUCCCCGGGAGGGCCAGUAGCGCCCCAGGUUGACGCCGUUAAUCCAAACCUGGCCCUAAAAUGACAUGACACCAAAACAAGAGUCAAAUAUUGGGCCAUUGUUUUGGUUUGGAAUUACAUAACUCGCUACAUUGAGGGAAAAGCGAUCGGUGUGUGUUCUGCAUUUCUGAUUCAGAAUUGUAUACCGGUAUAUAUUUUAUUGUUUUGUAACAUCCAGGAAAGGAAACAUACAUUCUGUUCCUUCUCAAACUUACUUUGUGUAAUUAUGUAAUAUAAAAAGUCUAGGCCAUAUUAAUAAACCGUUUUACAAUGCCACGUGCCUUAAUCCAGCCCGGGAACUGAACGUAGGUGUCCUGGGGCAGGUUUGGGAUGCCAUCAGGUAUCAGGAAGCUUCCCCUGUAGAAGGCUGGCAGGGAGAAGCUGGUUGGCUGGCUGGAGCCUGGCACCUUGGUCUGUUGUAUGAGCCCCUUGCUGACUGCCUCAUCGAUAUUCAGACUGUACAUGGUCCAGCCACUCAGCACAUCUUUGCCUAAUGUCAAGUUGGACACCAAGCCCUGUAUCGUU